UCCAACUCUCACACAUAAGCAGACAGACAGUCCAAGGCCGUUUCAGUUGACUUAGGAUGGAUCCCUGUACAAUGAUCGCAGCUGGCGCAGGAGCAGCCGCAGCAGUCGUUGCAGCUCCUGCUGUUCUAGCAGCGGCAGGUUUCACCGCAGCUGGAAUUGCUGCGAGUUCUAUUGCCUCCUCUUUGAUGUCAGCUGCUGCUGUCGCUAACGGAGGAGGGAUCGCAGCUGGAUCCGUGGUGGCAGCUCUUCAAGCCGCUGGUGCGGCUGGAAUCCCUGUUGCAGCUCAGGCUGUCAUAGGUGCCAUAGGCGGCACUGUGGGGGCAGCUGUGGGUGGACCAUUGAUGUGCAGUGCAGGAGCCACAGGUGCUGUCGUCGCAAGCGGAGGCAUCGUGGGAACUGCCGUGAGCUCAGUUGCCAGGUUAAUUGGCAACUGCACUGCGUAAAUGCCCCAAAAAGGCCCUUCAGAAAAUGGGCAAUUGGUUUUACAGCAAGACCAGCAUACAAAAAAGACCAUUUACAAUACAUAAAAAAGUACAUUAAAAAUUACAUUAAAAAAAAAAAACACAGGACAACACAAGACCAAACAACUACCUGCUUCCACCUUUACGUCCACCCACAUGCCCGAAUUUAGCAAAGAGAUAGAAGUAGGAAUAAAUGAAUGUUUGUACCUGUUACUCCUAACAGAAGGAAAUCUUAACCGAGAUCCUGAGGGUAAAAACUGAAACUCAGAGUAGAGAGGAUGGGAAGUAACCAUUAAUAUAGUUUGGGCUUUUCUAACUACCUGGCGAUUAUAUAGGUCGGUAGGAUGACUCUGCUGAACUCAUAAAAUCUUACUGCUAGUGUUAACUAUUUUCACCAAUGCAGUCUUUGCCUUAGACUGCCAUACCAGCAUAACAUAGCAAAUGCUAAAACAGACUCAAUAUAAGAUUUGUAAAACAGAGUCAUCAGGGAUCUAUCAACGUUAAAUUUGGACAGUCUCCGUAGACAGACGUUGCUGGCCCCUUUUACAAAUCUUCUCCACAUUGACAUUCAAAUUCAGCUUGUUAUCAAUCACACAUCCCAAAUACUUAUAUGAUUCCACAAACUCAACCUCCUGAUCUUUAAUAGUGGUUCUCUUUAUACCACUUUGAUUACGCCUAAAAUCAAUAUGCAUGUCUUUAGUUUUUAA